AUGCACGGGGCAUCCAUCUUUGAGACUGCCGGUCAAUACGGCUCACAGGCAACAAGAUCUACCAGAUAUGUCAAUAGUAAUGAAACUCUGCAGCGGCUGAAGCGCUCGCUCUCCUUUAAAACCAUGAUGCGCAGUAAGAGCGUGGACAACUUCUUCCAGAGGUCCAACAGUGAAGCGCGCCUGCCCCCGGACUUCAUCACGGACCCCCCUCCCCCCUCUCCCCCGCUGUUGCCCGGCUCUCCGCUGGUGGGUGAGACUCGCUCGCCCUCCAUCUCCCCCUCCCUGAGCCCAAACCCGUCCGUGGCCUCGCACUCGCCCUGCCUCAGCCUGUCGCCAUCGCUCCCCGCCAAACCGGUGCGGCCGCAGAUCAACCACUGCUUCCAGGACCACGUGUUUCGCAAAACCACCAACUGCCAGCACUGCAAGAACAUGAUCGUGGGAAACUCCAAACAGGCGUUGCGCUGCAAAACCUGCAAGAUGGCGGCUCAUCUGUGGUGCACCUCCGAUCUCUCGCAGCAGCCCUGCUACGGCAAGUCCGGUGCAUUCAAGCGAAACUUCAGCUCUCCAAUGAUCAUCAACGACCAGCUGGCAGUGGUCAAGGAGGUGCAUGUUCAAGAAAUGUCCUCACCUCGACUGCCGACUGUAAAGCAAGAAGUGGAGAAUCACAAAGAGGAGGAGCAGCCGGAAGUACAGCCGCUUCCACAAAAAAACCACCGGUCCCGUGUGGAUCCCAUCUACGCCGCUUUGCGCUACGGCACGUCUCUGGCCCAGAUGAGUCGCUCCAGUUUUGGAAGUUUGUCUGAGUCUCCCACACGCAGCCUGGGAGAAGGAGGAGGCGAAAUGGAAAGACAGUACAGCAUGGAGGAAGAAAUGCCAACAGAAACAGCAGCCAUCCCGGUGCCUGACAUUGAGAUAGAGACAGAGGAAGAGUCCAGUGACGCGUUGAACCAGACCCCUGCGGAGGAAAUCAGUCUGAAGGUUCCAAAGUGCAUUGAUGUCCAGUCCAUUCACACUUACGUCGCGCUCUACAAGUUUCUGCCGCAGGAACAGAACGACCUGGAACUACAUCCCGGGGAUCGAGUGCAGGUCACGGACGAUUCCAACGAAGAGUGGUGGAAGGACUGCAAAAAGGGGAACCCAGACCAGAAGAGAGCCAAGGGGAACCCAGACCAGAAGAGAGCCAAGCGGAACCUAGACCAGAAGAGAGCCAAGGGGAACCCAGGCCAGAAGAGAGCCAAGGGGAACCCAGGCCAGAAGAGAACCAAUGGGAACCCAGGCCAGAAGAGAGCCAAGCGGAACCUAGACCAGAAGAGAGCCAAGGGGAACCUAGACCAGAAGAGAGCCAAGGGGAACCCAGGCCAGAAGAGAGCCAAGGGGAACCCAGGCCAGAAGAGAGCCAAGGGGAACCCAGGCCAGAAGAGAACCAAUGGGAACCCAUGCCAGAAGAGAGUCAAGGGGAAUCCAGACCAGAAGAGAACCAAGGGGAACCCAGACCAGAAGAGAGCCAAGAGGAACCCAGCCCAGAAGAGAGCCAAGGAGAACCCAUGCCAGAAGAGAGCCAAGGGGAACCCAGACAAGAAGAGUCAUCUGUUCCAACAACACCUAAAGAAGAGAGUCAAGGGGAACCCAGACCAGAAGAGAACCAAGGGGAACCCAGACCAGAAGAGAGCCAAGCGGAACCUAGACCAGAAGAGAGCCAAGGGGAACCCAGGCCAGAAGAGAACCAAUGGGAACCCAGACCAGAAGAGAGCCAAGCGGAACCUAGACCAGAAGAGAGCCAAGGGGAACCCAAGCCCGAAGAGACCCAAGGGGAACCCAGGCCAGAAGAGAACCAAGAGGAACCCAGACCAGAAGAGAGCCACGGGGAAUCCAGGCCAGAAGAGAGCCAAGAGGAACCCAGGCCAGAGGAGACUAAAGGGGAAUCCAGACCAGAAGAGACCCGAGGGGAACCCAGACCAGAAGAAGGCCAAGGGGAACCCAGACCAGAAGAGAGCCAAGGGGAACCCAGGCCAGAAGAGAACCAAGAGGAACCCAGACCAGAAGAGAGCCAUGGGGAAUUCAGGCCAGAAGAGAGCCAAGAGGAACCCAGGCCAGAGGAGACUAAAGGGGAAUCCAGACCAAAAGAGACCCGAGGGGAACCCAGACCAGAAGAAGGCCAAGGGGAACCCAGACCAGAAGAGAGCCAAGGGGAACCCAGGCCAGAGGAGAACCAAGGGGAACCCAGGCCAGAGGAGAACCAAGGGGAACCCAGACCAGAAGAGAUCCAAGGGGAACCCAUGCCAGAAGAGAGUCAAGGGGAAUCCAGACCAGAAGAGAGCCAAGGGGAACCCAGACCAGAAGAGAGCCAAGAGGAACCCAGGCCAGAAGAGAGACAAGUGGAACCCAGACCAGAAGAGAGCCAAGGGGAACCCAGCCCAGAAGAGAGCCAAGGAGAACCCAAACCAGAAGAGACCCAAGGGGAACCCAUGCCAGAAGAGAGCCAAGGGGAACCCAGACAAGAAGAGGGCCAAGAUGAGCUGGGACCAGAGGAAAACCCAGAGGAACUCAUGCUCUUAG